AUGAUUCCUCUGCAGGAGAUCAAGUGCAGAAGGAGCGACGUACGACUGAUGAAUGACGGUGCACUCGUUAUUCGUGGUGAGAAGGUUCAGUCGCGAAAUGUAGUCGGUGUUGGUUUUGUUAUGCACCCAUCCGUCGUUUAUCUUGUCGAUUCUCACGAGAUCCUGUCACCUCGCCUAGCCAUUCUUCGUCUCCGCCCUCUGCGCCAAAAACACAUCAGUAUCAUCAUCUGCUACUCACCAACAUCAGCAGCUGAUGAAUCCGAAUUGGACGCGUUUUAUGAGGAGCUGGAAUAA